CUCUCCUCGCCUCUCCCCCGCGCGGGGCGAGGGCGGAAGCUGCCCACCUUGGGCUCCGGUGGCAUUCCCAUGACUGUCCGCCUUUAACUGCGGACACUCCUCUGGAGUUCAGAAAAGUGUCACCAAACGGAUUCGGACUGCUUGUGCUCGCUUCUCACCCCCCCACCCCGGUUGGCUUUCUUGAUCAUGGAUGGUGAAGAUAUACCAGAUUUUUCAAGUUUGAAGGAGGAAACUGCUUAUUGGAAGGAACUUUCCUUGAAGUAUAAACAAAGCUUCCAGGAAGCUCGGGAUGAGCUAGUUGAAUUCCAGGAAGGAAGCAGAGAAUUAGAGGCAGAGUUGGAGGCACAAUUAGUACAGGCUGAACAAAGAAAUAGAGACUUGCAAGCUGAUAACCAAAGACUGAAGUACGAAGUAGAAGCAUUGAAGGAGAAGCUAGAACAUCAAUAUGCACAGAGCUACAAGCAGGUCUCAGUAUUAGAAGAUGAUUUAAGUCAGACUCGGGCCAUUAAGGAGCAAUUACAUAAGUAUGUAAGAGAGCUGGAACAGGCUAAUGAUGACCUGGAGCGAGCAAAAAGGGCAACAAUAGUUUCACUGGAAGACUUUGAACAAAGGCUAAAUCAAGCCAUUGAACGAAAUGCGUUUUUAGAAAGUGAACUUGAUGAAAAGGAAUCUUUGUUGGUCUCUGUACAGAGGUUAAAGGAUGAAGCAAGAGAUUUAAGGCAAGAACUAGCUGUUCGGGAAAGACAACAGGAAGUAACUAGAAAGUCAGCUCCCAGUUCUCCAACUCUGGAUUGCGAAAAGAUGGAUUCUGCCGUCCAAGCAUCCCUUUCUUUGCCAGCUACCCCUGUUGGCAAAGGAACAGAGAACAGUUUUCCUUCACCAAAAGCUAUACCAAACGGUUUUGGUACCAGUCCACUGACUCCUUCAGCUAGGAUAUCAGCACUGAACAUCGUGGGGGAUCUCUUACGGAAAGUAGGGGCUUUAGAAUCCAAAUUAGCAGCUUGCAGGAAUUUUGCAAAGGACCAAGCAUCACGAAAAUCCUAUAUUUCAGGGAAUGUUAACUGUGGGGUGAUGAAUAGCAAUGGCACGAAGUUCUCUCGAUCAGGGCACACGUCUUUCUUCGACAAAGGGCAAGAAAAAGUCAUAUUUCCCACGUUGUUCAUGGUCUGCAGAGCCUGGGCUGAGGACUGGAGCUGCGCUGGGCUUCCAUUUCUCCUAACUGGAUGGACGGGUCUGGAGUGUGCCUGUCUGCUCUCCUGAACUAGCUGUGGCGCCUCUGUUCCUUGUCUUUCCUGCCCUCUCAGGUGAACUGUCCUUGCUCUGGCAGAUUUAGUCCCCGGGCUUUAUCUAUAUUCUGUUAAGUUUAUUGUCCUCCCAACUAGCUACUAAACCCUUCUUUCAGUUCUUCUGUUGCCAUUUACAUCUGACCUUCAUUCCUUGUCCUAGCUGGAUUUUCUGUUUUUCAGACUCUUAAACUAGAGUCUUAAACUCUUAAACUUGUGGUAAGAUCAUGAAAUUUCAUAGCUUCUGGAACUCUUUUUACAUAGAUCAUUCCCAGAUCUGUAUCUCCAUCCUUGCCCGUUCUUUCUCGUUCGGUCUUGUGUUGUCCACUGGGACAUUUCCCUUCGGCUUUUUUGCUGCUCCCUGAGACCAAAUGUGGUGAGUAUGGAGGUGUUUCUUCUCUCAGAAACCUUUCCUCAUUGCAUACUUUGCACUUCCCUCAAGGGACUUCAGACUGAGAAUUCUCCCUUUGGGUUCAGCUUUCUUCUGGUCUUUUACUUACUACUUCUUGACGCAGAGAGGUCCUAGGGAGGACCCUGCUGGAUUGUUGUUCUCUCUUCCACCCAACUUUCAAAGUCAGAAUAUUUCCAGCCACACAGAGAAGCUACUUACUUAGUUUCUUGGUUUCUUUUCAUAUUUUGAAUAUGUAUAUUUUUCCAAUAAGAGCUGACCUGCAUCAAGAGCACCAAGUUGGUUGCUCUUGGAGCUUCUCAGACGUCCUUGGGUGGGAGGAGGCUGGGAAAGGAUGCUGGCCUGGGUAUGUGGAGGCAGGUUGUGGGCCCACGUCCCCAGUGACAGGCUCAUGGGGUGAACUUGGUGAACAGUGGACCUUCUGCUUUUAUUUCCUUGGCAGUAUAACAGUGGGGAUGAACUUGACAUUCCUUAAAGGUCCAUUGCACUUGAAAAUGCAGAAAUCUCAGUUCUAAACCUACAUGUGGAGCCAUCCUCAAAUUUGUUGCUUUUGCCUGCCCUGUGGAACAGAGAGGUCAGGUUCUUCUUGACACCCAGCAGUGCUUCCUUCUGCCGAGUUUUGGGGGUUGUCUCUAGCCCUGCCUGCUGCUGUGCUCUGACGGGCUGGGAAUCUGAUGGUCAGUGUUCAGGGCUGAAGCUCUUUGUGAGGCUGCCUAGUUCUCCCUGAGGUUCUAGGAGAGGCAGGCUCAGGGACCAGGCAGACAAAUGGCUGCUUCUGCAAGCGCAGUAAUGGCAUGUAGAGUCUCUGUCCUCAGAAAAGAGGCACAGGCAUUUAGUCUUGGGAGGAUGGAGAGGGAUGAUUUCAAUUUUAAAUGUGAUGAAGCCCAGAGAUCAGACCUCCCCAGCCCAAAGAGAUAAGAGAAAAUUCUGAGUGUGCAUUGCUGAGGUGGGGAGAGAGAACCCUUGUCAGAGCCCCUCCCAUUGCUCUUGGCCUGUGUGGGAGGCUUGAUUUCCAGCUCGAAAUCUACACUCAGGUUAGUUUCUUCAGAGUAGUCAAGGGUCAUUAGUCCAAUCUCUUUUCAUGCCUGUUUCUCCAUGAGAUUAUCCUCACCUCCACAGCGUAUGAAACCGUCAUCUUCGUGGAGAAUGUGUGUCUGUGUUUUGUUUUGUUUAAGAGAAUCUCUGUCCAUGAGUCUAUAUUCAACUCCCUGGGCCCCUCAGAUGAGUAGGCCGGUGCGGACAGUGGUGGGCACGUGUGGGGCAGUCCAGCCCCUUGCUGUUGGCUGCAUCUCCCAGGCUGUGAAUGAGACCCAUUUCCCUAGGAAGUUUUUCAGUAUGGAAGGGCUGCAGUGGCUUCCUGAGAGGGGUUCCAGGCCUUGCACUCACUCCCUCACUCCUUCCUGCGGCUGCACUGCCGGGGGGUGGGGCAGGGUCCUGGCUGCGGGCACUUGUGUGGGCGGGGCUGGUGUCUCCUGAGCCUGCAGAGAAGCCUCCCCAUCUGGCUUGCUUGCUGAACCAUCUGAAAAGUUAUUUUUCUCCCCCUUACUUAAGAUAUUCAUGUACAUUGUAGGAGAUUUGGAAAACAAAGAAAGUACAAAGUGGUAGAUAAAACUUACCUACAACUCAGAGGGAAGAAAAGUAACUACUGUUAAAUUUUCCUUUUAUGGUAUAUGUGAGUGUGUGUGUAUAUGUGUGUGCAUCCUCAAACAUUCUAGAUUUAGCUCUGUGGAUAGCAGUGUCUAGCUAUAUAAGGGGUUAUAGCCCAGAAUGUAUGCUGUUAAUUUUUUUCUUCAUAUUGUUGAGCAUAUCCAGUUUGGUAACCUGCUGCUUUUUACACCUAGCAUUAAUUGCAUUCGGAAUAUUUUUCAUGCUGUUAAGGACUCGAAAUGUAUUUUUAAGGGCCGUGUAAUAUUUCACUGUUUGGUUGUACCCUUUUUAGCUGGUUCCCUACUGGUAGACAUUUAACCUGCUCUGUUGGGAAGUGAGUCAGGGCUGCGGCCACCAUGGCCAGUGUGAUAAGGUUGCCAAGAAGAGAGUCAUCCCAUUGCUGUGGGACUGUGGGGUGCUCGACACCACGUUCUCCUUUGGGCCAUCAGGAUUCUCCUUGGGGCCAGAAAGAGGAAUAGUUGAAGAGAGCAGAUGAAUUAUGCUGUGUGUCGAGUGAUUUUAAAUGACAGUCUCUUUCUCUUCCCCUCCCCUUCUCUGCUCUGGUCACC